ACUUAAACCGAUUGGUCGGAAUCACGCAGCCUCCCACUCCGAUAACUUGACAAUGACGAGCUCCAGCAGCCAAUCGGAGUGUACACGAGUGAGGCGAGGGUGUUUGGUAUGCCUUGGGACAGGGCAGCUUGUUCGCAGUAAUUCAAGGUUUUGACCGUGUAACAAUAUUGUUGUGCUAUCGUCGUCUGUUGCAAAAAGAAAUAAUUCGCGUUCUCGACGGCCGCGGGAUAUCUUUUGUGUUUUAAGUUCAGCCGCGUAUAGAAUGGCCGCAGUAUUCGAUAUCGAAUUGCACGAUGCGGAUACGGUAAAUAGGGACGAGUCGGACGAUGAUGUUAUCGAGAUCGGAGAGGAGGAGUACGAUGCCAACCCGAACGUGAAUGAGAUAACCGAUUCGGAAGGUUGUGAAACGGUUCCGAUAUCAGAACAGAAUGUCAAUCGCGGACGGGAAAGAGCUGGACCACAGGAUUUCGAAUUGUGUAAAGUUAUCGGGAAGGGUGGUUAUGGCAAGGUCUUUCAAGUGCGUAAAAUAACGGGUAAUGACAGUGGCACGAUUUUUGCAAUGAAGGUCUUGCGCAAAGCUUCAAUUAUACGAAACCAAAAGGAUACUGCACAUACCAAGGCUGAGAGAAAUAUCCUAGAAGCUGUAAAGCAUCCUUUCAUCGUAGACCUUAUGUAUGCUUUCCAAACUGGUGGCAAAUUGUAUCUGAUUCUGGAAUACAUGUGCGGGGGUGAAUUAUUUAGACAUUUAAAUGAUGAAGGCAUUUUUCUUGAAGAAACUGCUUGUUUCUACUUAUCAGAAAUAAUAUUGGCCCUUCAACAUCUUCAUUUACAAGGAAUUAUAUAUAGAGAUUUGAAACCAGAGAAUAUCUUGUUGGAUGCAGAGGGACAUAUAAAAUUAACUGAUUUUGGCCUAUGUAAAGAGCAUAUACAAGAUGGCACCGUUACUCACACAUUCUGUGGGACUAUAGAAUAUAUGGCACCCGAAAUACUAACCAGAAGUGGACAUGGUAAGGCAGUAGAUUGGUGGAGUCUUGGAACUUUAAUGUAUGAUAUGCUUACUGGCUCACCACCAUUCACAUCUGAUAAUAGAAAGAAGACGAUUGAGAAGAUUCUGCGCGGGAAGCUGAAUCUUCCACAAUAUCUGACACCUGAUUCCAGGGAUCUCAUCCGUAAAUUGUUGAAGAGACAAGUUGCACAAAGAUUGGGAUCUGGCCCGUCUGACGCUGAGCAGAUAAAAAGUCAUCAAUUUUUUAGGCAUAUCAAUUGGGACGAUGUAAUUUCGCGCAAAUUAGAGCCUCCUUUUAGACCAACGUUAACAAGUGAGGACGAUGUGUCGCAAUUCGAUAAAAAAUUUACGACAUCUGCUCCAAUAGAUUCACCUGCUGAGUACACACUAAGUGAAUCCGCCAAUAGAGUGUUUCAAGGUUUUACUUACGUAGCACCCAGUAUAUUGGAAGACACGUAUUCGCAGCCGCGGAUAAUAAACGCUAGAAGUCCUCGUAGAGGCCAUAUGCGUGGUUUUUCUCCGAGAGGAACACAUUUUCAUUUACAUAAUAAUCAUGUACAAAAUCAUAGACAUAAUGGAGUCGGGCAUGGCAACAUGGAAGACACGGAAAUGAUCGAGAUAGGCUAACUGCCAUUUAUUUCAUAGAGAAAAGAGAAAGAAUGCUUAGCACUUCGGCCUAACUGCUGAAUAUCCAUGACCGAUCCUUGUGUCUCAGGGAGGGAUUUUAUACAAGAUGAUAGAUGGAGUAGCAAGAGGAUAGGUUCAGUCAUCCAGUACUUCAUUGGAUAUUUAGCAGUUAAAUUUAGCUAAUUUUUUUUUAAAUCAAAUCUAAUUACGAUAAAGGUACUAAUUAAGAUUAUACUGCAGAGCAGUGAUGCAGCAGUUCUUUGGUAGCAUGUGUAAUUGAAGAUAUAUAUAUUACGUUGCGAGUAAAGAAGUUCUCGAGAGGUAAAUUAAUCGCGGAAAGAUUUUUUAUUUACUUAUUUUACCGUUGAUUAUUAUCCAUGAGAACGAGUUCUAAUUAGAUGCUAAUCAGAUGUACGCGAAUGUACAUUAUAGUCGAAAUAUUUGCAUACGUUUCAUUAACCCGUUAAUACGUAAUCACUUACUGUGUCUUUUGUACAUGUACAUAUAUGAUAUGCAGGUUGGCUGGAUAUUCAUAUAUAUAUAUAUAUAUAUAGAGAGAGAGAGAGAUAACUAACGCGAAUGUCAUUUAUGUUAAGUGCGACUGACUGAAAAAUUCCAGCACUUUUAGAGAUCCAUAAAUUAUACUGUUAAUACACGAGGUAUGAGGUUCAACCAUCCUGUAAUACUUGUAUAUUUAAAAGUCUGUACACGUCGCAUGUAAUCCCGUCGCGUUGUACGCAUGCUUCGAUGUAAUUAAUUAAAGAAGAAGAAUGGAUAAAAGACAGAUAGAGUUAAAUGACAAAGAAUUUUGAGCUGUCGCAAUCGCUCCGCUGCUCAAAAUUCAAUACCCGGUUGUUCAUUUAAGAAAAUAUUUUCAGCAGUAAUAACGUUUCCAUGGCAAUAAUGUGAAUAAUAAAACGUGUCUGCUCGGUGUAUAGUCAUAGACAAAACAUUUUACGUAAUAACUUGCAAUGGAAUUGCAUUUGUACAAUUGAAAGUUCCUAAUGUGGUGUGAGUUUGAAACCUACAACCCAUAUUCCAAACUUCAAAUAUAACGUAACAUUUGUAUGACUCGUUUAUUCAUUGCACGAAAACUGUUAUUAGUUUAACCAUUUAAAUGCCUUACAAUUAGAGAAAGAAAAGGGGAGGAAGCUUUUGUUUCUGUUAACGGUUUCGUAUGGUCAUUAACUAAAAAAAAAUAGUGCAAGAGCAAAGUUACCAUGGUAACAAUGUUACUGCGAAAUGUUGACCUGCUAUUACCAGACAUAAAUAUCUCGUAUUUAAUGUUCGUGUUUACACGCUAUUCAGUGUGACAUCAUAUUGUAUCGCAAUUUAUUUAAAUAAUAUCUAUUUGUUACGUAUAUAUAUUUGUAUAUUAACGAAAACUAAUAUAUUGGUUUUGACGUACACACACGAUUCACUAGUAAAGAUUAAAGGGAAAACAAUGAUAGUGUAAAGAAUAAAUGUUUAGAGUGACUCGGCGUCUGCUCACCAAGAAACUUCAAACUGCCCAAGUGUUCACAAGCCAUAUUAGCUGGCAUUACAAUUUUAUCUAUAUAUUUACUACAGCGAAUAUACACGUACACAUAUACGAUCGAAAUGUUAGAAAAAUUGUCUUGAUAUUACAUUUCGAUUAUGCAUACUACAAGAUUAAAAAAUAAAUAAAUGAAACAAACACGUGUGAUUAUA